GAAUAGCAAUACUCGACUACAUUGAAGAUCGGAAUACUUGGAAAUGGCAUAUAAUCACAGAGCCAGUCAGCAAUUCUAUGGCAGUCAGCAGCAACAGAGCCGGAAUCGGAAGAAAGAGGACGAUAGCGAUGCCUUGAUGCGCUUGCCAGACAAGGAAAUUGCCGGCUGUAUUAAUGAUAUAGGCGUACCGUUUACCGCCGCUGAUCUCCUUAAACCGAAUCCGCAACAGAUUCAAAUGGUGUUAGAAUGGUUUGCCGAACUAUUGAUGAAUACUACGAGAGAAACUAUUGAUCCUGCGAUGCACGCGGCCGCUCAGGAUAUUUGUGGCGACUAUCCAGAUAUUGUUCCAAAUGAGACACGCAACCUAAUGGGCUUUUUCAUUAACCUUCGACGGCUUAUGAUCGAGUGUGGCGUGAAUGAUUUUACCUUCUCCGAUCUUACGCGACCUACCCAUGAUCGACUCGUGAAGAUAUUCUCCUAUUUAAUCAACUUCGUCCGAUUUCGAGAAUCUCAAACUGCAGUAAUUGACGAGCACUUCAACAAGGCCGAGCGCACCAAGGCGCGUAUCGAGGCACUUUAUGCAGAGAAUCAAGAGAUUGCAGAGCGGGUGAAUGAGAUGCGCGCUAACCAAAAGGCACUCGAAAAUCAGGUCAAGGAGAAGACAGCGCGCAAUGAUGCACUAAUAGGCGUUUUAUUAGCCUUGAACCGGAAUCAGGAAAAGAUUGCGGAAGAACUGGAAAGGGUAAAAACCGACAAGGCCAAGAAACAAGCUCUGCUCGAAGAGAAGGUGGAAAAGGCUAUACGGACGCGGCGGGAAAUUGAAAAACUUCGACCAUAUGUCCAACAGAGUUACACAACUUUGCAGGCUUCGCUUACCGAGUUAUCAGAGAGCUUAGCACGCGAAAAGGCACAAGUGGAUACGAUGGAACGGCGGCUGAGGGCAUUACAAACGUCUACCGAUACAUUCAACGUCGUCGCAAAUGAGGUUCAAGCUUGUGUCAAGGUCCUCGAAGACAUCUCUGUCGAACUACAAAAAGAAGAAGAGGAAGACGCCAGAGCUGCAAGAAAUAAGGAUGCUAUUUCUGAGCGUGGCAAUAAUGUACGCGAAGUAGCACAAACCGAAAAAUUGUUGCAACGACAACUAGCACGAUGGAACGAAAGAAUCGAUGCUCUCCGCAAGAAUAGCCAAGAAAAACAAGAGAUUGCCCAAGCGCGGAUGGAAGAGCUUCGUAAUACUCAAAGACAGUUGAGAGAAGAGAGAGCCGAGAAGCAAAAGGCGAUGGAAAUCAAGAGGAUACGGAUCGAGCAGACAGAGAAGAAGAUGGCGGAUCUGAGAGAGAACAUCGAAGAUGAAAUCCACAGAGCACAUGACGAGUACUUGAAGAUGGAGUCGCAUAUUAAACUUUAUAUCACUGAGAUGGAAAAGUGCCUAUAAUUCUUAGGGACAUGAGAAGUUAUGAGAUUGGAGUUCUGUUGGCUUAUUACGGUUAUUACGAUAUACCCAGAGGCGUUGUAUAUUUGGUCUUUUUGUCAACUAUUCUGGGGUCAUUGUUUGUUUUGGUAUCCUUGAUAUACAUAUUAUACAUAUUAUACAUUCAUGAAAUCAUUCAAACCUGAACCACCUUUGAGCUACUUGUCGGACAGGGAUGUGUCUACCAGCUCUCUCAUGAUCUGACCGCAAUGAUCCACCAUUCAACAGAGGAACAUGCAGAUCCCAUAAUCUCUGACCAUGAUCGCGAUCUCCUGGAUUUACUGCAUCGUCGCAUUCGCACAACAAGAUGCUCGAAUCAGUCCGAGCUGCUGUUUCAACAGCCAAAGACAGUGUCUGCGAUAACCCUUGUGCUGAGAACUGAGUGCUCACAUAGUGGAUGGCAAGGAAGUCCAGGAUCGCUAUCACUGGUCUCCCACGUUCUGCAGCUUGCUUUUGAUUGUCGAUACUCUUAUGCGAUGGGUGUAAUUGGAACGUAGAUAGAUAUGCGCGCAAAUGUGCCAGGGAAGGGCAGAAUACUAGCUUGAUUCUUUGAGAAAUAGUAAUUGCGCCGAUGGUAUUUGACAACAACGAUAGCUUGCUUGGAGACGGGUGUGGAGCUGCUUCUAGAAGCGGCGAUGGGCCAUUUCCAGAGAGUUGGUGAUCAUCGUGUUCUUGUAACUGUGCGGAUAUAUCGGCGGUCAAUUGUUUGAGCAGUCUUUCGCGAGUUGAGCAUACAACGACAGUGGUCAAGCUAUUGGUCUCGUCGAGUAUAAAAUUGAUAAAGUCCGCGACUGAAGUAAUAGAUAGCACUCGUGCGUCGAUCAUGAGACAGGUGUCGACAAGACUGUCCUGGAUGUCCUUUAGAGAAGGAUAUGAUCUUUGUUAUUUUAACGCAUAUUGAGUUGACAUGGCUAGUUAUUCUUAUGUAGUUGAGAAAAUGUGGU